UCUGUCAUUUUAAAAUUUUAUGUAAUUUGCAAUUCCUUCAUCCAAACCGAGUGCUAAACUUUGUAUUAGAAACGAAAAUAAAGCGACUUGAAAGCAAGUGCUCUUCCAUCACAUAAACAAACCAAUUCCCUCACUUUCUCUAUAAAUACAAGACACAUUUUUUAUACAAGAACCACAACACACAAAACAAAAGAACACUCUAAAACUCCCUCAAGAACACAUUAAUUCCCAAAUGGGAGAUUCUACAACCAGCAAGAAAACUGUCAACGACAGAGCAUUAACAGGAGCAGGCAACCUCGUCAAAGUCCUCCCGACCGGCACCGUCUUCUUGUUCCAGUUCCUCAACCCUAUCUUGACCAACAAUGGCCAGUGCGCCGUCCUCAACAAAUCCCUAAGCGCCAUUCUCAUCGCCAUUUCCGGCUUGUCUUGCUUUUUUGCUUCCUUCACUGACAGUUACCCUGGCAGUGAUGGAAAAACCCACUAUGGGUUUGCAACAAGUACGGGUAUUUGGCCCUCAAAAAAUUCCGACUCUGUGGACUUGCCUGCUUAUAAGCUUAGGCCUGGGGACUUUGCGCAUGCCUUCCUUUCCUUGAUUGUGUUUGCCGUUGUAUCACUUUUGGACACCAACAGUGUCAGGUGCUUCUAUCCAGGGUUUGAGUCCAGUGAGAAGGUUUUGCUGCAGGCGUUACCUCUUGUCAUCGGUGCAGUUGCUAAUGCUGUUUUCGUUGUGUUCCCUUGUACUCGCCAUGGAAUUGGAUACCCCUCCUCAUCAAGUUCUGAUUCUUCACAAGACUCAGAGAAAUCCUGAAGGAAUUGAAGUAUCUGUGCUUCUUUGUUUAAUAAGUAGCCCUAAUUUAGGACUCCUAAAUAUGACACUAGUGCUUGCUCACGCAAGUUAAUAGCUUUGUUUUCGUAGUCAGCGGCGGUGGUGACAAAAAAGGACCUCCAGAUAUAAAAUGAAUGGAUGGCAAGAUUAUAAGGAAGAAGGAAAUUACAAAAAUGGUACUAUUUUAUUUUAAUUUGGAGUCACGAUCUUUUUGGGGUUUUUUUAUAUAUAGUUUUAUGUAUGGUUUUCAGUGUUGCUUGUUUGAAGUUACAUUGUUCAAUUUAACCUAUUACAGCAA